CAUCACUUUUCAACAAACACAAGAAAGAAAGAGAAAGAAAAACCAAAACAUUACAACAUCACAUUUUACAACAUCAUUCAUUCAUUCAUCCAUGGCGAACAUCAUCACUCACCACCUUCCUUGUGACGCUGACGGUGUAUGCAUGGUUUGCAAACAAAAACCAUCAGAAACCGAAACACUUCAUUGCAAAACCUGCACAACACCAUGGCAUGCUCCUUGUCUCCCUGUUGUUCCAACAACAAGUGAAAUGCUCGAUUGGUUGUGUCCUGAUUGUGCUCAACCAAGUGAUGUUGUUGCUGCUUCUGCUGCUCCGUCUGUUGCGGGGGAUCUUGUCUCUGCUAUUCGCGCUAUCGAGAAUGAUCCUUCGUUGACGGAGGAAGAGAAGAGAAAGAAACGCCAAGAGUUACAUGGUGGAUCUUUGAAAGAGAAGGAUGAGGUUCAUGUUAGGAGAAGUGGUGUUCUUGAUAUCUUUGAUGGGAGUCUUAACUGUUCGUUUUGUGUGAAGUUGCCUGAGAGACCUGUUACUACUCCAUGUGGGCACAAUUUCUGCUUGAAGUGUUUUGAGAAAUGGGUUGGGCUAGGGAAACGAACUUGCUCAAACUGCAGGACUGCAAUUCCACCGAAGAUGGCGAGUAAUCCAAGAAUCAACGCACAGUUGGCGAUUGCGAUCCGUAUGGCCAAGCUAGCUAGAGCAGAGAGUGUCGGUGGAAGCACUGCUCCAAAAAAUUAUCAAGUUGUUCUCAACGAUGAGCGUCCCGACACCUGUUACACCACUGAGAGAGCAAGGAAAACAGGAAAGGCUAAUGCUUGCAGUGGAAAAAUCUUUGUGACUAUUCCAAAGGAUCACUUUGGACCAAUCCUUGCUGAGUAUGAUCCUAAUAGGAACCGUGGGGUUCUUGUUGGUGAUACUUGGGAGGAUAGGAUGGAAUGUAGGCAAUGGGGAGCUCAUUUUCCCCAUGUUGCUGGCAUUGCUGGUCAGAGUGCCCACGGGGCUCAAUCUGUCGCUCUCUCGGGUGGUUAUAUAGAUGAUGAAGAUCACGGGGAGUGGUUCCUUUACACUGGAAGCGGUGGAAGGGAUCUCAGUGGGAAUAAACGCACGAACAAAAACCAGUCAUUUGACCAGAAGUUUGAAAAUAUGAAUGAGGCUUUGCGAACCAGUUGCCGAAAAGGCUAUCCUGUUCGUGUUGUUAGGUCCCACAAGGAGAAACGUUCCUCUUAUGCACCAGAAGAAGGAUUGAGGUACGAUGGGGUGUACAGAAUUGAGAAAUGUUGGCGCAAAGUUGGAAUACAAGGUCAUAAGGUCUGCAGGUAUUUGUUUGUGAGGUGUGACAAUGAGCCAGCUCCAUGGACAAGUGAUUUAACUGGAGACCGUCCUCGCCCACUACCUACAAUUAAGGAGUUUAAGGGUGCAGUUGAUAUUACUGAAAGAAAGGAUGAUCCAUCAUGGGACUUCGAUGAGGAAAAGGGCUGUUGGUUGUGGAAGAAGCCUCCACCACUAAGUAAGAAGCCGAUGAAUGUUGUGGAUUCUUUUGAUCCAACAAAAAUGAAAAUUGUCAGGCCAAAAGCUAUAAAACCGUCCUUCAAAAUUAAGGAUAGGCUAUUGAAAGAGUUUGGUUGCAAUAUCUGUCGCAAGGUGUUGGCUUCUCCUCUUACUACACCUUGUGCUCACAACUUCUGCAAAGGCUGCUUGGAGGGUGCCUUUGCUGGCCAAAGCUAUAUCAGGAACAGGACAACUCAAAGUGGACGCAGUUUGCGGACACAGAAGAACAUUAUGAAAUGUCCUUCCUGUGCAACUGACAUAGCUGAGUAUCUUCAGAAUCCACAGGUUAACAGGGAAAUGAUGGGUGUGAUAGAAACACUCCAGCGACAGGCUGAACAACAGGAAGAACAGAUGGAGGAGAAUUCCGGAGAAUCAAGUGCUAAGAGUGAAGAAAAUGACAAGCCGGAUGAGGAGACCGAGGUCUCAAAAUCCUCUGAUUCGAGUGAAAAAGUCGUGGAGGAAAUUAACGAGGAUGAUGUGAAUCCUCCACAGAAGAAGAGGAAAGGUGAUGAUGACAAGGCUGUGGUCAAUGUGGAAGAACAGAUUGAUGAUGCAGGAGUGGAAAGCAAAACAGUGGCUUGCAACUAGAGGUGGAUUGGUUCGUGCUGUUUUAUUUUGGGUUUUGCAUUAAACAGCACUAGUUUAUAAUAGAGUUAAUAUUGCUGAUACAAAGGGAAAAUUUUCUAUUACUUGCUCAAAGACAAGACAUUUUAUGAUUUAAUUUUUAAUUUCUUGAGUACUUCUCAUAGUUUGAGAAAGAUAUUUACUGGAUUUGGGAAUUGGUUUUUAAUUGGUAUCACCAAUCUAUAGUUGUCAAUUGUCAUAUGGUAAACAUGAGAAGCAAUGAAUGCAUUUUAUAUUUUCAUA